UGCCGGGGGUGCCGUCACUCGGCGCUUCAAGCAUGCUCCUAAGAUGGCGGUAGCGGCGGCGGGCGGCGGCCGGGCGCAGCGCAGCGGCUGGCUGGAAGUUUUGGUGCGGGACCGCUGGCACAAAGUGCUGGCCAACUUGUGCGGAGAGGCGCUGGUGCUGAGCGGCGAGGAGCGCCCCGACGGCGCGGCACACAAUGGCCUGGGAGGCGAUGGGGCGGCGUGCCGCGGAGCCGAGGGCGGCGGCGGGGCGGCGGCGGUGCGCACCGCCUUCACCGACCCCCCCGAGCAGGUGCCCGAGGCCGUCUCCAACAAGAAGCGGUGCGUGAAGGUUCUGAAGCAGGAGCUGGGCGGGCUGGGCAUCAGCAUCAAGGGGGGCAAGGAGAAUAAGAUGCCCAUCCUCAUCAGCAAGAUCUUCAAGGGGCUGGCGGCCGACCAGACCCAGGCGCUCUAUGUGGGUGAUGCCAUCCUGGCCGUCAACGGCACCGACCUGCGGGACGCCACCCACGACGAGGCGGUGCAGGCGCUCAAGCGGGCCGGCAAGGAGGUGCUGCUGGAAGUGAAAUACAUGAGAGAAGCAACCCCCUAUGUGAAGAAAGGCUCCCCUGUUUCAGAAAUUGGGUGGGAGACACCUCCGCCUGAGUCUCCCCGCCUGGGCUCUGCCUCUGCCGACCCACUGUCGCAGCUUUCGCUCUCCAUCCACAGAGACAAGAAGACGAUACCACUCAAGAUGUGCUAUGUGACGCGCAACAUGGCCGUGUCAGACCCUGAAAACAGACUUAUUGAAGUUCAUUCACCUGAUGCCAAGCACACCGUGGUGCUCAGGAGUAAGGAUUCAGCUACGGCCCAGGCCUGGUUCAAUGCCAUCCACUCCAGUGUCAAUGAGCUCAUCCCCAGGGUGAUUGCAGAGGUCAGAGACCAGCUGGGUAAAACAGGGAUUGCUGGAAGUCGAGAGAUUAGGCAUCUAGGCUGGCUUGCAGAAAAGGUGCCAGGGGACAACGAGAAGCACUGGAAGCCAGUGUUAGUGGUCUUGACGGAGAAGGACCUCUUAAUAUAUGAGAGCAUGCCACGGAUGAAGGAAGCUUGGUUCAGCCCUCUGCAUACCUACCCCCUGCUAGCCACCAGAUUGGUCCAUUCUGGCCCAGGAAAAGGCUCACCGCAGUCAGGGAUGGAUUUAUCUUUUGCAACCCGUACCGGUACGAGGCAAGGGAUAGAAACUCAUCUGUUCAGAACGGAGACUAGCCGAGACCUCUCACUGUGGACAAGGAGUGUUGUUCAGGGCUGCCACAACUCCGCAGAGCUUAUCACAGAAAUCACCACAUCUUGCACAUACAAAAGCCAGGAGUGCCGCUUGACCAUCCAUUAUGAACAUGGAUUCUCUCUUACAACUGAACCACAAGAUGGUGCCUUCUCUAAGACAAUUGCACAAUAUCCCUAUGAAAAACUGAAAAUGUCCUCGGAUGAUGGGAUAAGGAUGCUUUAUUUAGACUUUGGAGGAAAGGAUGGAGAAAUUCAACUGGACCUUCAUUCCUGUCCAAAACCAAUUGUGUUCAUCAUUCAUUCCUUCCUCUCAGCAAAGAUUACAAGACUUGGCUUGGUGGCAUAAGUGGGAUACAUCUGUUUCUUCAAGGAGAGAUGGAGUGACCAUGCUAAUCUGAAGUACAGUCAACAGCAGCAACCUGUACUAGCCAGUAGCAUACACCAGCUUGGGGCUCAGUACCAGGCCUUGGUUGUUUCUGCAGUCUUCCAAGGCCAAGGUUUCAUUUUGAUCAGCUAAAGAGAUGUCAUGACAAGGAAAAUGGUGGAUUUCAUUGUAAAUAAUGGGAUUUUUAAAUCCCAUAUGAGACAGUAGAAGCGUGUAGUACCAUAUAUGUAAAUGUUCCAGAAUCAUAAAUUGUGCCUAUUUCAAUGUACUUGUUUAUACAGAAUAAGUAAAGGGCUAAGCAGACAAGAGUGGGUGUUGGUUGUGAUGCAAGCUCAAUGUUAGUCAGGUCAAAGUUCUCCAAACAAGAUUGUCCCAUCACCCAGAAGUAAAAUAUUGUUCCUGUUCUAACCUGUGCACCACUUACAGUCUCUUUUGUGUACAUUCCCAAAACAGGACUAGCUUCAGUGAUGCAUUGAGAGCUGGGUGUCAGGUAGAGCAUAGGUAGGAGCAUCACUUCUUGAUGGCCACACAGGAUGUAUUUUUACAGUACUUCCCAGAAUGGUUUAAUGAGUUCCAGCUCCCUGGGCCACUGGCUUAAGUGGAAGUUACCUGAAUCAAUGUUGAAGCAUGACCUAAACUUGUGCCAGCACAUUGCCACGGUAGUUUUCCAACAGAAAGCUAUGCUAAGCUUCCUGUCCUCCUAUCCCUACUUUGUCCCCCCCUCAGCUUGGGUGAGGCUGAUUGUGUGGUCUUCAUCGAAGAAAAAAUGUGGAGAAGGAGGAAGACUUGAUUUUUGUUAGGGUUUCCUCAAUUACAUCAGUUACUCAAGCAGCUCCACAGCAGUGAGAAAACACCAGGAUGAGAAGAUGAGCUGCAAUGCCAGAAAAGCCUUAAUAUGGAACUGCUCAUAUGACCGUGACUUGGCAGCUCCAGAUUUAUUUCUGCUGGUGAAAUGUAGAACACUCACCUCCACAUUCAUAACUUACUAGUUCCUGUUUUGCAACACAACUACUGUAUUAAGUCAAAACACACAAUUCACUGAGUUUCAGCCUAGUUCAGUUAUAUGGAGUACAAAGCAGGCAGCAGGCAAGAACAGUGACCUUCAUCAUCAGAGGAGAUAGAUGCACACAGCCUGCACUUGGAACUGCUAAAUUGGCUUAGUAUGGUUGGGUGGGAAGAAAGAGCAGCAGAACAGGGAUGGAAUUUAUGUUCCUCCUACUUUGUAACCAGAACUGGUUCACAGAGGGGAGGGAUUUUGUUUGAUGUUAAAAGAGUUUUGCCCUAAAUUCACAUUUUGAAGGACAGGAACUGUACAGGAAAUAAUGAAUCCAGAGUCUGUGGAAAUGCUCUUGUAUCACAACACUUCUCUUAGUCUUGAGAAAGCAUGUAAGUUUUAACUUGGCAUCACUUGGCUGGCAAAGAGGAAAAUUAAAAACACAGUUCUGUGUUGUUUUUAAGCUAAGUCUUGAGAGUUAAGUGUAAGUCAUGCUGGUUAUUCACAGCAUAGGAAUUAGUUCAUGGUGGUUUCCACAAGUAUCUUAAUCAUUAAGACUGAUUAAAAAAUUCAGAUGAUGGGCUGAAUUCACAAAUACAGAAAGAAUAUCAAAGAACAAUAGCUAAACCUCCCACCAGAGGAGCUGCCCCACUCCCAGCACUCUCAUCAGUCUAAAGCCAGCAUUCACUGAGCUGUGGACUUUGUUUUUAUUAUCACGGUACUUGCACUUAAAACUUAGUAAUUCCUUGUGUAAAUUCACAGGGUAGGAGACAAGAUGUUACAUGACUUACCAACACUGUCCAAAUGGACAUUUCUCCUUUAGGCCCUGCUGCUGCUCACAUAACUGUAGGUGGCGGUUCCUAGGGGUCUCCUUUGGCUUAGAAACUUCUGGGAGAAUACCUCCUGGAAAGCUGAGAGCAGUCGGUACGCUGGGGUCUGCGUCUUUCAAUAUGAUCUCACACCACAACAGCGAGUAAAACAUUGUGUGAAGACUUCAAAAAGCAAUCUGGGACAUUUUCAUUGCUGUUCCAAGGUAUAACUGAAAGAUUUGGAUACAGGCUCCUAUAAAAGUUCUGGAGAUUAAAGUGACAACUUGUGUGGGGUAGGUUAAAUAUGUGUGUAAACUAUACUGCACUAUUUCCUUAUUCCUUUAACACUUACAGAUCACUGGAAUGUUAUACCUAACAUGUAUGUGCAUUGUAAAUAUUACAAAUUCCUAUAUUAGUACCAACAAUUAAAUGACACAAUAUGUAAUCUAAGGUGCUCAGUACUAUAUGAAGUAUAAGUGAAUAACAGUUUGCGAAGAAAAUUCAUAUUAUAUAUAUUUAUAGAAAAAAUAAUAAUUACAGAUGCUAUUUCUUCAUUUUCAGAUUUUGGACUGAUUCAUAUUUGAAAGGGAUAGACAAAUGAAAUAUGGACCUACUCCACAUUUAUAAGAGUAUAGUGAAUAUUUAUAUUUUAGAGGAAAAGAAUAUAUUUAAUAAAGUCAUUUAUUGGAUUUCUGUGAGGUGAGCUUAAUCUGUAUCCAAACAAGCUGUUUGGAAGGCUGGCCUCUGGUUUUGGCCUGGGGAAAAAUACAUUUUCAACUUCUGUCAUUCUGUUAAGAACUCAAUUACUUGAGAGAACUCUUCAUCGCAUUGAUGGAAUGACUUUUAAGGAUUUAAAAUAAAAAAGGUAUUAAUGUACUGUC